AACUAACCCUCAUCCGAACCUAAACGAACUCGGACCGCAUCCAGGCUCGUUUUCUCUGUCUUCUUUCCUCCUCUGGAAAAAUCACAAACUUGUAAAUUGAUUCUUCUGUUCUUCCUAUAAAUCCCAACAGCCUAAACUUUUCAACCGUUAGAUUAGAUUAUUCACACUCUAAAGUCUCUAAACCAUAGCCGUCAGAUUAAACCUUCUGGAUCUUCUUCUGACUUUAAUUCUUUUUGUUUCCGGGGAGCUGUUGAACACUGACGACGAUGGAGACUGGUGGGUCACGCGAAAAUUUGGAUUUUUAGGGUUUGAAGACUCCAAAAAACCUGAAAAAAUGGCAGCUUCUGUUAGCUUAAGAGAAGAGGAUCCUCUGUUGAAGGAUCUGAGUGAGAAGAAGCAGAGUUUCAGGAGAAAUGUUGUGUCUUUAGCCGCUGACUUGAAGCAAGCAAGGACUCGUCUCGCUGAACAGGAGCGUUCGUGUUCACAAGAAGUCAUCUCGAGGCAGGAAGCAGAAGCAAGAGUUAAGAGAAUGGAAGAUGAAAUGCUUGAACUCUCUAAGGAAUUAAACAAGAAAGUUGAGCAGAUCCGUGCUUCUGAUGUUGCUACUGAGAAGUAUGUGAAGGAACUGGGUGAGAUCAAGUCACAGCUUGCAGCAACGCAGGCAACUGCAGAGGCAAGUGCUUUGUCUGCAGAUUCAGCUUAUUCUCAGUGCAGACUGCUCUCCAAGCAUUUGCACGAGAGGACUGGUUCAUUGAAAGAGCAAGAGGACCAAGUAACUCGACUCGGCCAGCAGCUGGAGGAUCUACAAAAGGAGCUGGAAGCUAGAGAAUCUUCACAGAAGCAGCUAAGAGAUGAGGUUUCGAAAGUUGAAGUUGACCUUAUGCGUGUUGCAUCAGUGCUACCAGAGGAAGAUUCUCCAAAGAAUUUUGAAAGAAUCAAUAAGCUUUUGAAGGCUAAAGAUGAUGAGAUAGCGAGACUGAGAGAUGAGCUGAAGAUUAUAUCGGCUCACUGGAGGUUUAAGACGCAGGAGUUAGAAGAUCAGGUGGAGAAUCAAAGGAGGAUUAACCAGGAGCUUAAAAAGAAGGUGCUGAAGCUAGAGUUUUGCCUUGGCGAAACACGCAUCCAAACUCGAAAACUUCACAAGAUAGGAGAGAGAAACGCUGUGGCAAUACAAGAACUUAAGAAGCAACUAGCUGCAAAAAAACAGCAUGAAGCUGAUCCUUUUAAUAACCAAAACUUCUGGGACAAAUCAGGUUUCAAGGUUGUUGUCUCCAUGUCGAUGCUGUUAUUAGUUGCCUUUUCUAGGCGCUAAAUUAUUGAAAGAAUUCAUUUAGACUAUGUUAAAGUAGAUAGAACACCUCUUUGUUACAAUGUCUGAGUUUCUGCUUUGGUCCUAAAGAGAGAAGGAAACAACCGGAGUUUUCUGUACAAAACCGAGACAUGAGCGUUGAACAAAACAAAUUUAUAAUGUCUUAACAUUCC